AUUCAAAACGAACUUCGCAGAGUUUGUUAAUGUUAUAUAACUAACUUCGCGGAGUCGUUUUUCUCCUCUCUCAAUUGCUAAAUAAACUCCCUCUCUUCUCUAAUCAUCAAUAUUCCCGAUGUCAAUGGAGUAGCAUUCUUUCUUUUUUUUCUUCUCAAUCGAAGUCAAGAAAUCGUCGCUCCACUGUGAAUCUUUGACGAGUAAGGUUAAGAUGGAUAGUGAUCUUGAUGAACUUAGGGCGCCUUUAAACCCAGUCCACCCCGAUGAUGGAAGUAGAACCUUGAGAAUCAUAGAAGCCGGAAAUUUCGAUGUUAAUGGGUAUCUGGAACAAGAUAUUGCAACAUGCCGUCUAAGAAUCAAAGGAAUGACAUGCACAAGCUGUGCAGAAUCUAUUGAAAACGCGCUUAUGAUGGUUGAUGGAGUAAAAAGAGCAGUGGUUGGUAUAACAAUCGGAGAAGCAAAAGUACUUUUCGAUUCAAGCUUGAUUAAUGAAGACCGAGUUCUUGAAGCAGUUGACGAUGCUGGCUUUGAUGUCGAGCUGAUUAAUUCUGCAGAUGAAGGCAACAAAGUGCAUGUAAAACUUGACGAAGUUAAUUUUGAGGAUAUGAUCACUAUAAGAACAUCUCUUGAGAACGCUGUUGGUGUGAAUCUGGUGGAAAUGGAUUUUUCUCAACAAAAGGUAACCAUUAGUUACGAGCCUGAUCAAACCGGUCCAAGAUUUCUUAUCCAGUGCAUUGAAGAGGCAGCCCAAGGCCUCAGGACUUAUAAUGCAAGCCUAUAUUUACCUCCAAGGAGAAGAGAUAUUGAGCAACUUGAAGAAAUUCGUACUCACAGAAACCUAUUCUUGUUGAGCUGCCUAUUUUCAGUUCCAGUAGUUCUCUUGAUGGUGCUUCCUAUGCUUCCUCCUUAUGGGGAGUGGCUGGAUUACAUGGUUUACAAUAUGCUGACCGUUGGAAUGCUUCUAAAAUGGAUCUUAUGCACACCAGUCCAGUUUAUUGUUGGCUGGAGGUUUUAUGUAGGAUCGUACUAUGCAUUACGGCAAAAAUCUGCAAAUAUGGAUGUUCUGGUUGCCCUAGGAACCAAUGCCGCUUACUUUUACUCCGUGUAUAUAGUAAUUAAAGCAUUCGCUUCAAAAUAUUUUCAAGGGGAAGAUUUUUUUGAAACCAGUGCCAUGUUGAUAUCCUUCAUUCUACUUGGAAAAUAUUUGGAGGUCAUCGCUAAAGGGAAAACAUCAGAUGCUUUAGCAAAGCUUGCACGUCUUGCUCCUGAUACAUCUUGUCUGCUGACGUUGGAUGAUAAUAACAAUAUUUUGGCAGAGGUGGAGAUUGAUACUCAAAUGCUACAGAGGAAUGAUGUAAUUAAGAUCGUUCCUGGAGCCAAAGUUCCUGUUGAUGGAAUUGUUAUUCAUGGUCAAAGCCAUGUUAAUGAGAGUACGAUCACAGGAGAAUCAAGGCCCACUAUAAAAAAACCUGGCGAUAAGGUUGUUAGCGGAACUGUCAAUGAAAAUGGAUGCUUAUUUGUUAAGGCCACACAUGUUGGGGCUGAUACUACACUUUCCCAAAUUGUUCAACUCGUGGAAUCAGCUCAGCUAUCACGAGCAUCGGCUCAGAAAUUAGCAGAUCAAAUAUCAAAAUUCUUUGUUCCUGCUGUUGUCGUGGUAGCAUUUCUAACAUGGCUUGGAUGGUUAAUCUGCGGAGAAGCGGGUAUAUACCCUAAACACUGGAUACCAAAAGGCAUGGAUGAAUUUGAGCUUGCUCUGCAGUUUGGAAUUUCAGUGCUGGUGAUCGCAUGCCCAUGUGCCCUUGGCUUAGCAACGCCAACUGCAGUCAUGGUUGCAUCAGGGAAGGGUGCUUCUCUAGGUGUACUCAUUAAGGGAGCAAGUGCACUUGAAAAUGCAUACAAGGUGAAGACUGUAGUUUUUGACAAGACUGGAACUCUGACACUUGGCAGGCCCAAGGUCGUUAGUGUUGUGCUCUUUUCUAACUUUUCAAUGGCGGAGCUCUGUCAUGUGGCUAUGGCAAUAGAGUCGAACAGCAAACACCCUUUGGCAAAUGCUGUGGUGCAGCACGCAAAGAAAGUGCAACAGAAGUAUGGGUUCAGUGCUGAACGUCCCGGGCACGUUGAAAACUUCGCGGUUUUCCCCGGAACAGGGGUUGGUGGAAAAGUUGAUAGCAAAUUUUUAGCUUUAGUAGGGAACAGGAGACUUAUGCGUGCCAACAACAUUCGUAUGGGCACGGAAGUUGAUCGGUAUAUUGCAGACAACGAGCACAAGGCUCAAACAUGUAUCUUAGUGGCUAUCAACGGAAGAGUAGCUGGAGGUUUUGGUGUUAAUGAUCCGCCGAAGCCUGGGGCUAAAGCUGUCAUAUCAUAUCUUCGCUCAAAAGGCAUCUCAAGCAUAAUGGUCACUGGCGAUAACAGGUUCACAGCAGCUGCGCUUGCAAGGGAUCUGGGAAUUGAUGACGUCCUUUCUGAGGUAGAUCCAAUUGGAAAAGCUAACAAGAUCAAAGCCUUGAAGAUGACAGGUGAUAUUGUGGCAAUGGUAGGAGAUGGAGUAAAUGAUUCGCCUGCUCUGGCUGCAUCUGAUAUUGGCAUCGCAAUUGGAGCUGGAACAGAUAUUGCUAUAGAAGCAGCUGAUAUAGUUCUGAUGCGAAGCAAUAUUGAAGAUGUGGUUACUGCUAUCGAUCUCUCGAGACAAACCACUUAUCGCAUAUGGUUUAACUACAUAUGGGCACUUGGUUAUAACAUCAUUGUUGUGCCAAUUGCUGCUGGAAUCUUAUAUCCCUUCACCGGUACUAGGUUGCCACCUUGGCUUGCUGGUGCCUGCAUGGCUGCUUCAUCCGUUAGUGUCGUCUGUUCUUCUCUCUUAUUGAAGUGCUUUAAGAGACCUUUGAAUUUCCAAUCCAUUAUUUGAGCAUUUAAUUACUUCUUCAAACCUCGAGUACGUAGCUAGUUCCCUGGCCUUUCCCUCAUAAGCACAUCACCGUUUUCACUUUUGGAAGUUCAAAUUGGAUGUAUAAAUAGAGGUAGCACUGUAUGGUGAUUUGGAGCAAACUUUCAACUACUAUUGGACUUCUAGAUUGUUUUGUGUAUAAAAUGUUGUAGGCUAUUGAUCCUUUGUCA